ACGACGGCCAAGUUAUGUUUUAUGCAGUGGUGUUUGCGUUUGCUUUUGUCGAAGUAAAAACAGCUUCCAUAACCCUGACAGAACAGUCGCCAUGGGGGAUUGACGUUGGGAGGGAGGCGACCGUCACAUGCAAGGCUCGGUGUGUAUCACAGUGCAACUACAAAGUCUCCUGGACUAAAGAAGAUGAUCCAACAUUUCAAUGGGGAAAUGCGUCACUUUUGUUCAAGCCAGCUACAAUCACAAGUCGAGGAAACUACACAUGCAUUGUAGACGAAAAUGGCGACCAAGUUGGGAAUAAAACGCUGGAAGUACUCGUGAACUAUCCCCCACAGAACAUUGCUAUCUCAAGUAAUAACGAGGAAAGGGAUACAUACAGUUCUAGUGAGGGUGCAAACAUCACUCUGGCAUGCUCCAUUGAUGGAUACCCUCCUCCUCUGGUCAAGUGGCACAAGGAUGGCGUCAACGUAAACACGGAUAACCUCACACACAAAUAUGGCUUUCGUCAACAUCCGGUGGAGGGUUUCACCAGUGUUUAUCGUUUGACCAACGUGAGAUGUGAGGAAGAAGGCACGUUUGUUUGUCAGGCUGGCAGUCCCACUGCUGGGGGUGAGACUGUGGAAAGCAUCGUUGAACUUAAGGUUGUUCAAUGUAUGGUAAAGCUACAGGACAAACGCGACCAAGCAAGGGUACAUUUGCUGCAUACGGGAGAAACCGUUACUGCCAAUUUCUCAGUUGUGUCCAAUCCACCAUCGGUUCUUGUAGGAUGGAUUCAACAUAGAGAAGGGACUGACAGAAAUCUAUUGGAGGACACUGAAUGCGGCAUGUGGCACUAUGACAAGUUGAAAGGGCUGCGUCACGUGGAAUACUAUCAAUUAACCCACUUCAACGUGACCAAAAACAGAUCAGGACUUUUCAGAGUGUUCUUGUCCAAUGGUCUUCGGUAUCAUCUAACCAUUAACUACACUCUCAAUGUCGUCGACCCCGGUACAGCCCUGCCGACCACUUGGAUGGGUUAUUGCCAUGGCAACUGGUGUUCCGUCAUAGCUAUCCUUAUAGGUGGAUGUGUCUUCCUCGGCUUUCUGGUCGGUGUUUUGCUUAUUGGCGCUGUAAUUAAGUCCACUGUAUGCCAUCGUCAGGAAGAUCCAGUGGACCUGGCCAACUGCCUAUGGCGAAGACAAAAAACAACUCAUCGCUUCUCCAUGAUGGCUCUUGACCAUGUACACAAGCAGCUCAAUGCUGUGUUGAAAGGGGAUGGUGGAAUAAUCGGCAUCACUGAAAAUGAAGCAGCCCUCAGGCGGUGGAUGAUUGCAGGUCCCGAGAUGGCCAGGAUCAUACAUGAGGUUGAACAUGAAAACCACUCUUGGCCACCGUCUCUGGCUGAAAACAACAUGAUGCGUCUCGGAGAAAAAUCUGACUUGCCAAAGUAUCUGGAACCACUAGCACCACGUCCACAGACCACACCAACUGUGGACGUGAAGAUCUUUGAUGGUGCUGCCCCCGUGCACACGUUGGAUGCGAAGACUGCCACAACAAAUGUGAAAACGUUCAAAGACUAUGCAGAGUAUGUCUUUGUCCCGUAUCUGAAGAGGCAGCUUGUACAUGCUGCACGGGUAGAUGUUGUAUGGGAUACCUACAUAGCUGACAGUCUGAAAGCGCACACCAGAGAGGGCCGAGGAACAGGAGAAGCUCUUCGUGUGUCUGAGAAAACACGACUUCCACACUUCUUGCGAGUCGACAGCAACACGACAGAACUCUUCAAGUUUCUAGCCACAGUUAUUGAAUCUGAAGCAACAGCAACAGGGAAGAUACUGAUCACAACCAAGGGUCAGAGUGUAACCUCAUCCACACCACUAGAUGCUUCUGACCUACAGCCAUGA